AUGCAAACAGUUGCUACAAUGGCAAAGAAAAAUCAGACUAUGGUGACAGAAUUUAUUCUUGCUGGCAUUUCCGAAAAUCCAGAACUUCACUAUCUAUUUUUUCUUAUACUUCUGUGGAUUUAUAUCAUUACAGUGCUUGGAAACCUAUCCCUUAUUAUUGCCUAUCGAUUUAGUUCCAAACUCCAGACUCCUAUGUACUUCUUUCUUGCCAACUUCUCCUUCCUAGAUAUAUGUUACAUUUCAUCCACCGUACCCAAGAUGUUGUCCAACUUGCUGUCGGGUAAUAAAACCAUCUCAUUUUACGGGUGCAUCCUACAGUUGUACAGUUUCGGAGUGUGUGGCGGUACAGAGUGCUAUGUACUGGCAGCCAUGGCGUAUGAUCGAUAUAAUGCCAUAUGUCACCCACUGAUGUAUGCCGCCAUCAUGAACAAAAAGACGUGCCUUCAGCUUAUUGCUGGCUGUUGGAUUAUUGGCAGUGCCAACAUUUUCAUACACACAGUCCUGACCUUCCAGUUGCCUUUCUGUGACAAUAAGAUACACCAGAUAUUUUGUGACAUCCCGCCCCUAUUGAAACUCUCCUGUAUUGACACCUGGACCAAUGAAAUUGUCAUAUUUUUAACAAGCGGUCUCGUUAUACUUUGUUCAUUUAUAUUAAUCCUUUUAUCUUACAUAAAGAUCUUAUCAUCAAUUUUGACAAUCCACUCAACCACAGGGAUGAAGAAAGCGUUUUCCACUUGUACUUCCCACUUAAUAGUGGUAACGGUAUUUUACGGAUCAAUCAUUUUCGUGUACCUAAAACCCAAAUCCAGUUAUGCCACGCAUCAGGAUCAAAUAGUGUCUGUCAUGUACACUGUGGUGGCACCAUUGUUAAAUCCUUUUAUAUAUAGUUUAAGGAACAAUGAGGUUAAAAGUGCUCUUGUGACGAUAGCUAAGUCCGCGUGGAGAACUGAAAAACACUAA